UCACACUGUCAUCUGUCACAAGUCAUAUUGUCAAAUACAUUUCCUUUUUCCUUGAAUAUUUAUAAAUUAUAAAAGUAUUUUGUUUUUCUGGUUAUGCUGUCUACAAGUAACAUUUUUUCUGGCAUGUGCAUACACAUUUUGUAGAAAAGACAUACUUUAUAUCAUUUACAUAAUGGAUCAUAAACAAGUCUUGUGGGAAAAAGAAUCUGAUGAAUUGCAGACUUCACUCAGGCAACCUAGAACAACUACUAUAAGUAGUUAUUCUGCACAACAGCAGAUGAGGGCACCUAGAACAACUACUGCAAGUAGUUAUACUAAUUAUUCAGAAUCACAGCAGAUAGAACCCAGAACAACUAUUGCAAACAGUUAUGGAGCAUCCCUGCAGAUGCGAGAACCUAGACCAAUUCCUACAAGUAGUUUUUCAGCGCCACAGCAGACGAGGGAACCUAAAACAAUUACCACAAAUAGUUUUUUUUCAUCGCAGCAGACAACUCAAGUAAAUUCCUUGCAACUAAAUAAUCUUAAUGAUGCACUAAAUGAAUCUAUGGAACAAAACACUGAAAGAGAAUUAGAACUAUUAGUGGCUAAUUCUAAAUUAAGAGUUGCUGCCCCAGAGUGGUAUCCAUCAGAGCCAGUUGUUCAGAAUGUUUAUAUUAAUAAAGUUGAAAAUGUACCCAGUAAAAUGCAAAGUCGCUUGAAUAUACAUAAAGCACAACAACAAAAUUAUACUGAGACAGUAAAUGAUAGUGGUGACAAUUCAAGUGAUUAUUCUUCUGAUUUCAAUCGACUAAACCAAAUUAUUGCUACACUCACAAAAGAUCCAGGACAAUUUCAUAAUUUAUUUGAGAUAUUUAUGGAGACUCUUGAACCCUAUCUUGAGGAUUUAAUUGCAAUGUCUUCUGUGGCAGAACUUAUUGUUGAUCAGGCGAUAAAUCACCCAAACUUUAGGUAUACAGGAGCAAGAUUAUGUUGGUACAUUGAACCAAAUUUUCCAGGAUUUCGUGCUGAGUUACAUUUAAAAUGCAAAAAACAAAUAGAAGAGAAUCCUGAUGCGAAAAAUGUUUUACCUUUAAUUGCAGAACUAUAUUCCCAACUGCCUCAUGCCAGUGUAUAUGGAUCUUUAUUAAUAAGUGCUUUUAAAAAAUUAAUCGAAUAUGGAGGCAAUGAGAAUGUUAAGUGCAUAUGUCAAGCAUUGAAGUUAACUGGCUAUUCUUUGGAACAGAGCAAUAAAGUAGAUUUAAAUAAAGUCUUUGACGAUCUAAAAUCAGCUAGAGGAAAGGUAGAUGGAUCCGCUAGUAUGCUGUUGGAAACUGUUUUCCAAUUGAGAGCAUCAAAUUGGGGUCAUUCUUCUGAAGAAACAUCUGAUUUAGAACAAGAAUCUGACACCUCAUUUGAUGGAAUGGAAAAUCAAGUUUAUUAUGACUUAGAUGGAGAGGGAUUGACUAAUGAAGAGAGUGAAUUUAUAGCUACACAUAUGACUGCCAAUGAAGAUUUUGACAGCGAGGACUUCGAUCCAGACGAAUUAUGUGAUCCUGAACCUGAAAUGGACGAGGAAAUUCAAGAAGCUUUUAAAGAAUUUGUUAGACUUAGUGGUAAACAUUAGUGUGUAAUUUGAAAAUAGUUUUAUAAAAUAUUUUGUAUAUGAGUUGUGAUUUUCUGUAGAAAUCUGUCAAUUUUGUGUAUGCUGUGAAUUUUUUUACUGAUAAUUUUUAUUUUAGGUCACGAAACAAUUGUAUAGAUUGAUGUAUUCAUCAAAAAAUUUCAAUAAACCGUUCUUGUAAGGAUAACUUAUUUAUAAUAGUUAAUUUGAUACAUUUAGAAUAUCGCGUCUUAUUUAAAAUGAGAAGUGAUAUGAAAAUAUUCACCGAUAGUGGUACUUCUCGC